AUGCUUUUCAAUUUAAUAAAAAUCGUUUUUCUGUUCAUGGUGGCACCUCAGUGCUUUGGCGGAAAUAAUUAUGACUUCAGACUUGAAUCGUUUCUGGCCAUUAAAGGCGAAGAAGAAACUUUGGCCGACUUUCAAAAUAUCAAGUUAAUUGGACGCGAACGAGCUCUUAACGGAUCCUUUUCUGUUGGAAUUGACCUCACCGAUGAUAUAUUAUGCUCCUUUGAAGCAUUUGUGUUUAGAGAUGGCAAUUGGAAUUUACUUCCAUAUGCGGCAAAGGAUAUAACUUUUUGCGAACUAGCAAAAAAAUUAUUAUUUGCAUAUUUAAACCCUGCAGAUUAUAAUACAAACUUUCCACAAACAAUAGAGGGCUAUUGCCCCGGACGUGCGGGUGAAUAUUGGAUUAUCGAAGCAAAAAUUGAUACUAACAAUUGGGUAUCAUUUAUGAGGCGCGGUAUGUCAAAAUUUCGUUUUCAUGUUUUCAAGAAUGGCAAAAUAGUUGGUGGAUUUGAAUUGGUUGGAAAUAUAGUUGAUCGUGUAUUUUAAAAUGAAUUAAUUAUGUA